ACUUUAACCUCACUCAUCCUCAUUCGUUUCUAUUCUGUGCUCCACCUCGUAACCCUUGCUCACCUAUCUUGCCUAGGGUUUACUUAUCCUUGGUCUCGCGGCUAUUAAGACUGUCAACUCCUAGGAAAAGGGAUUCAGAGCAGCUAGAACGAGCUCCAGGAAGUUUGCAUCAGUCCCCAUUGUCGAGCGCCGAAGUCAUAGCAUCGGACUGUUAUUACCAUAACAGCUUCACUUUUUGAUGUGGCUAGAAUCCGGUUUCUUCACCCCGUUCGUAACAUUUUUAGACUGCCCAAAUAGAACUUGUCUCGAUCAAUUACAUUCCACAAUCGGCUAUAGUGCUUGCCCCUAUUCUGACAGCUUUACAACGAUAUACUUGUACGCUUGGUACUUUUGCUUCCUCCCUCAUUUCCCUUGGUGGAGAGACACCAUGAAGACAUUAGGCUUGCUCGGUGGCAUGAGCUGGGAGUCCACCGUAACUUACUAUCAAGAAAUCAAUCGUCGAGUGCGACAAGUCAAAGGCGGUCUGCAUUCCGCUCGUUGUAUCGUCUUUUCCUUCGACUUUGCGGAGAUCGAAGAACUCCAGCAUGCGGGAAAGUGGGAUGAAGCAGGCCUGCUGCUGGACGAAGCAGCCGUGAAGCUGAAGCUGGCGGGCGCAGAGGGGAUUGUGCUGUGCUCCAACACCAUGCACUUCAUCUCGCUUAACAUCGAGAGCGCCUCCCAACUCCCUCUCAUUCACAUCGUCGACCCCACGGCCCGGGCCAUCUUGAAAAAGGGGUAUAAAUGUGUCGGCCUCUUGGGCACGCGUUUUACUAUGGAGAAAGACUUCUACAAAGCCCGACUCACGGAAGAGUUCGGGCUACGCGUCAUUGUCCCGGAGGAGGAAGGUCGAGCAACUGUACAUGAUGUGAUAUAUACCGAGCUCUGUAACGGCAUAAUCAACGAGACAUCACGGGAGAAAUAUUAUAAGAUUAUUGCCGACCUCAAAAAGGCAGGCGCAGAUUGUCUCAUUCUAGGUUGCACGGAAAUAGGGCUAUUGGUAGAUGAGGGCGGCAGUGAGCUGCCGGUGUUUGAUACUGCUCACAUUCACGCGAUAGCUGCUGCUGACUGGGCAAUGGGAAUUGAAGGUCGAAAGGAGAACAAAUCGCUUAUCCUGUAACGAUAUACCAAAAUUCAGCCACUUAGAGCCGAGCCCCCCAAAAAUCAUAGAAAAUUUUG